GGAAUAUCUUUGGAGACUAUAGUCACUGUUAACAGUGGAGUACACAGACAGGAGCAGAAAAGGGUAGGAAGGGAGUCGGAGAGGCUGCAAUAAUUUGGGGAAAAAAAAGAUGGAAAAAAUUGCACCGUUGCGGGUCUGGUAGGAAGAUUUUCAGCCAACUUCUUCGCUUCUGUCGUCAUUUCGUAGAUUUGGUAUAUUGGUAUAACUUAUCCCAAGAUGUGAAUAAUUACAAGCCAAAGCAGAAUAAAUUUCAAAAUUAAUUACAAGCCAAAGCAGAAUAAAUUUUAAAAUUAAUUUAAAAAGAUAAUUUAUACUUAAUAAAGUGGAGAAGAUCGGCGUGGGAAGAGAACAAAGUGGGAGAAUCAGGGGACGGGCCAAUGAAGGGCGCGGUUGGCGGUGGAGGUGGUGGCUCCUCUUAUACUCUUCCGGGGAAGAGGCGAUGGAAAGGUCUGGUAAUUGGGGUGUUGGGCCUCGUAUUGCUUUCGAUGCUGGUUCCCCUGGUCUUCUUGCUCGGCCUUCACAAUAGUUUCCAAUCUCAUUCUGGGUUCGACUCUGGACAACAGAUUUCUGGCACUAAUGAUAUUACAAUUUUUGGUCAAACUAGUGAUGCCGACACCAAAAACAACUCAACGGAUGAGCAAUCAAGACACGUUGAUGACCUUAUAAGAAGAUUAGAACCUACUCGUCCUAAGUUUGUAUCUGCUCAGGAUUUCAGAAGGAACUCUGUUGAGGAAGCUAAGAACAGAUCAAAUGCUCUUAUUUUGCUACCUGAUAUGCCAAAACCAGGCCUUAAAGCAAAUAAAAAUAUAUCCACAAGUAAAGUCGAGAUGGCUGACAGCAUGAAAGGCAGCAGUGAGAGCAAAAACAUAUGUGAGUUAAGAUUUGGGAGCUACUGCUUAUGGCGUCAAGAGCAUAGGGAACGAAUGAAAGAUCAUACAGUGAAGAAGAUGAAGGACCUGCUUUAUGUAGCUCGGGCAUACUAUCCGAGCAUUGCUAAGCUUUCAGUACUUGACAAGUUGUCACAUGAACUAAAGCAAAAUAUUCAGGAUUUUGAGCGGGUUCUCAGUGAGACUACAGCUGAUAAAGAUCUCCCUCCACAGAUUGAAAAGAAGCUGGAUAAGAUGGAAAGUACAGUAGCCAGAGCCAAAUCUCACCCUGUGGACUGUAAUAAUGUUGAUAAAAAAUUUCGACAGUUAGUUGAUUUAACAGAGGAUGAAGCAAACUUCCACAUGAAGCAAAGUGCUUUCCUAUACCAACUUACAGUUCAGACCAUGCCUAAGAGUCUUCACUGUCUGUCAUUACGGUUAACUGUGGAGUAUUUUAGAUCUCCUCCACCUGAUAUGGAACUUCUGCUUGCUGACAAGUUUCAAAACCCAGAUCUGCAUCACUUUGUUAUAUUCUCUAAUAAUAUACUAGCAUCAUCAGCUGUAAUUAACUCAACUGUAAUGAAUUCAAAAGAAACCUCGAGUCAAGUUUUUCAUGUGCUGACAGAUCGACAGAAUUACUUUGCUAUGAAAUUAUGGUUCUUCCAAAAUAAGUACAAGGACGCCACAGUCCGAGUUUUGGAUAUUGAAGGUCUGAAGUUGGAUGAGCAUGAGAAGUUGUCUCAAGUCCAUCAAUUGCUGCCUGAAGAAUUUCGUGUUUCGUUUCGUUCUGUUGACAAAUUGUCAAGAGUUUGGGUUCAAACUGAAUAUUUUUCUCUUUUUUCACAGUCCCACUAUCUUCUUCCCGAUAUAUUCCCCACACUGAGGAAAGUUAUGAUUUUGGAUGAUGAUAUUAUUGUCCAAAAAGAUUUGUCAGCACUUUGGAGCCUUGACAUGGGUGAGAAAGUGAUUGGUGCUGUGAUGGUUUGCACAGUGAGAUUGGUGCAGCUGCAGAAUUAUUUGGGUGAGAAUAAUUUUGAUGAACAAUCUUGUGCCUGGAUGUCUGGAUUGAAUAUCGUUGAUUUAGGCAGAUGGAGGAAGCUUGAUCUUACUAAAAGUUUUGAAAGAUUAGUUCUUAAGCUGACACCCGGAGGUGGAAUAUCUGAAGCUGCUGCAGUGCCAGCCACUUUGCUUACAUUUCAAGGCCUUGUUUAUGACCUUGAUGAUAAUUGGGUAUUAUCGGGACUGGGUUACAACUAUGGGCUGGAUCCUGAGAUUGUUAAGAAAGCAGCAGUCUUGCAUUUCAAUGGGAACAUGAAGCCCUGGCUUGAGCUGGGCAUUCCCAAAUAUAAAGGUUUCUGGAGGAAUUUUCUGAACCCAGAAAACACAUUCUUGAGCAAUUGCAAUGCGAAUCAAUAAGGGGGCAUACUUCAGGUUCAUAAUUGAAAUUCCUGCAGACCUAAAGAAGUGAGAAGCAGAAAUGCACAAUUUCUUCUUCCAUGGUGCCCCAAGGAACUGCUAUCGGAAGUAAGGGAAACUGUGCUGCAAAUGACGGCAAAGCAUUCACUUUCUCUUGCGUUUCUUUAAUUGGUUAAUGAUGGUUGAGAAUUAUCUCCUGGCAAAUCAAAGGUUUUGAUCGAUGCGUAUCAGUUGUUUGGCCUUGGAGGUUGUUUGAUGACACACAGACAUCUCUUGGGUAAGAAAUAACAAGCAAAGUCAAUGAUGAAGUUUCUCUUCAUUAUUAGGGGCCUCAAAUUUUUCUUCCACUGCUUUUACAAUAGCCAAGUCAUGACCUUUUGGAAAAGUUCUAUUCUUUGGAGCAAGUCUCCCAUUUUUUCCCCCUUGUUAGGGUGUUAAAUGUGUCGGUGAUGUAUGUAUCUUCGUAGUCUGUAGGAAUUGAAAUUACAUUUUUAGUUGUAGUUGCGCUUUAAGCUUUUUCUUUGCUACAAGGUUUGACUUGAUUUUGGACCGUCUUAAAUUGUUUGCGAAUAAAAAGUUUCUGAUUGCCGGCGACAGUCAUUC